AUGGCAUCUAAUCUCAACACUUUGCCAGAGCCAUUGGGUUUGGUUAUUGAGGAAUUUGCUGCUGCUGGUGGAGGUGGAGGGAAUUUAGGAUUUUGGAAGGGUUUCGGAGGCGGAAGAUUUGAUGGGUGGGGAAGAAAAGGGAAGAUGAAUUCAGGGUUUUUAGGCUUUUUGGUGGUUUCUGGAUUGGGAUUGAUUUUGUUUUUGUUUGGAGGGGAGUUAAAGAUCGAUGUGGUUUCUGGGGUUUUGGUGUUGAGUUUAUUAGGGGCUGUUUUGGUUAAAGGGUUUAAGAGAGGGAUUAAAGAUUGGAUCUUGGGGCUUUGCUUUUUGGGUGUUCUGUUGGGUUUGGGAUUGAAGAAAGGAGAGAUGCAAAAAUGGGUUGAGAGAUGUAGGGUUCGUUCACCAGUUUUGGUGCUUAUGAAGGAAAAGAGAAGACAUGGUAGGAGAAUUUGGUACAAGAAGACCUUAAUGUGGCUAGUCAUGAAACUAUAG